CACGUGUGUACACAGUGACGGGCUGUAGUAAAGUCCUCCGUGGCUCCGCCUUCUUUUCACAACGAGCCUCGUCCGCCGGAGAAGUUCCCGAGCGAAGAGCUGCGAACCCCGGGUUAGGGUUAGGGGAAGCGGAUCCGUGGGACCCGGGACCCGGAGCGCUGCGGAGGCCCCGGGACUUCUCCUCCUGCAGGAUGUGUGUGUUUGGAAGGAAACGAGCGAGAAGUGCGAGUGGAAACGCUUCAUCCGAACCUGAUGCGCCCGGAGGUUCGUCACCGAGCCAAGUCCCUGCGAUCCUGUCGACCUGUUGAGUGCUGGACCCGUGUCGGAGCCCAGCGAUGUGGAUCUGCAUGGUUCACAAUGAGACGGACACCAGCGUGGACUUCCGCCUCUGCCAGGACUUUGGCCUCAUCCUGUCCGUCUUCUCCCUCGUCUACCUCCUGGUGUGCUUCCCACUGGGGCUGUGCUACAAUGUCCUGCUGGUCGUGGUCAACCUCUCCAACAAGGUGUCCAUGACUAUGCCCGAUGUGUAUUUCGUCAACAUGGCCAUCGCGGGCAUCGUGCUCAACCUGGUGGCGCCCGUGGAGCUGCUGAGCUCCACCUUCACCCGCUGGCACUUAUGGGAGUACAACAACGAGGUCUACAUCACGCUGCUCAUCCUCUUCAACAUCUCCUCACUGGUCAUCAUGUAUUCCACCACGCUGCUCAGUCUGGACUACUAUAUAGAGCGAGCGCUGCCUCGCACGUACAUGUCCAGCGUGUACAACACGAAACACGUGUGUGGGUUCAUCUGGGGCGGAGCGGUGCUCACCAGCUUCUCCUCGCUGCUCUUUUACGUGUGCAACCACAUCUCCACCAAGAUGGUCGAGUGCUCGAAAAUGCAAAACAAGGAGGCGGCAGACGCCAUCAUGAUGUUCAUCGGCUACGUGGUUCCGGCUGUGGCCGUCCUUUAUGCCUUUGUGCUCAUUUUGCGCAUUAGAAAAGAGACAACGCCUCUGGACCAGGACUCGGCUCGCCUGGACCCUUCCAUCCACAGGCUGCUGCUCGCCUCCGUCUGUGUGCAGUUUGUCCUGUGGACCCCAUACUACAUGACCCUGCUGGUGCACACUAUAGCUGGUGCGCCGGGGUACGUUAGCAAUGCACACUACUUACCUACCUAUUACUUCUUGAGAUGUGUGUCCAAGCUGCUGGCGUUCUCGAGCAGCUUUGCGAUGCCUCUCAUGUACAGGCAGAUGAACAAAAACUUCUCCAACAAGCUCCAGCGGCUGCUCAGGCGGCUGCACUGUGGAGGCCGCUCCUGUCCUCACGAACGCUCAAACGUGCAGCAAGUGGUGACGUGAGGUCAGCCCCCCGGGAGAUCAGCAGGCACACCCUGCCACGCCCCUCCCACUUCCACCUCAUGGCCUUGCCGGCACUUAACCCCCCACCUGCCCCCACAGAGCCAGUAUCUGACUGCUCUCCCUCGCUGCUCUGGACUGUGUUAGGAGCGACCUAGCUGACCGGGGAAUUUCCUGUCACCUUCCAAAACUUGAUCUGAUAGAUAACCUCCUCUGCAGUGAGAGGACAAACCAAGCAAAAAACCACUAAGUGCUGUUAUUUCUUGUCACAGAGUGAAGCUCUCCACUAAGAUAUUCUGGCCUCUAGUUUCAGGGCAGUACAUUUGGCAAAAUCAGCCACUAACGCUGGCACAGUCUCCUGUUAGCCACGGACUCCCAGUCACUUUCCCUCUGCACUGGGUGUUUCUUUGUGUUAAGUUGUUUUCCUGCUGACAGCGUGCUAGUGUGGCUCAUCCAUGACCGCCUGAAUUUUACUGUUAAGUGACAAUAUGCUAUCAGAUACAAUAUAUUUUGUCUUUAGUGUUUCCCUCCAGCAUGAAGCUACCCCCCCACACACACAAACACAAGCAGAAGCAGUAAAGCUUUAAACUUAAAUUAUGAAGUGACGCCAAUUUGUUUUGUUUCUCUCUGCGUUGACGGAUGGCGGCUGGUGUGUAUCAGCAACCCACCACAGCUAAUGAACUCGUGUUGUGUGUCAACAUUGCAAAGCUCCGUCUGCCGCCCUGGAGCUACAGGCCUUGAUCACUUGAAAGAAAAGACAGUUCUACCUUUGCAGAGCUGAAUUUUCCUUUUUACUCAAAUGCGUGGAGAGUGACGCCUCAUUAUCAGCGCAAAAUGCUCUUUACAUUUCAAAGGUGAAGUACAAUUCUUCAUGGACUCUUCCAGAUCUUGUAUCUUCUUUAUUGAUACCAGCACUACCCUGUAGCUAUAAGUAGGCGCUGGUUUGAAGACAUGUUCUCAUUUUUUUCAUAGAUUUGAGUUCACUCACAGGCAAAGAGAGAUUAUUCUUGCGUAUGUGAAGCUCCAAGUUAUGAAAUAUACAGUGUACACACCCACACCACUUUGACACAUGAAAUGCUCAUAUAAAGCUUGUUUUCAGGUUUCAGACAUAACCGGUAUACCUCUCUGCUGAAAUCACAUCACCUGUUAACCACGCGCAGCUCAAAUCCACUCAUUUAAAAAAAGAAAUCCACUCAUUAAUCUGAGUGGAGAGCCUCAGCUCGUUGUGUGACCUGUUGAAAUGUGUUUUGCAUCUGCUGGAGUUAUGCAUGCGGUGUCACGUCGGGUCAGUCAAGUCCGCACGGGGUCACAGAGAAGACCCCCGAGGAGGAGGUGGAAUGUACAUUCCCUAAAUCGCAUGCCCACUUACGAAUGGUUGGGAGGUUUUUCCAGGUGGAAAUGUGUCGCCUGACUGGGUCGCUCCACAGGCACCAUCAAAAAAAAAACACAACAACCUUCACUUAAGUAUGAAAGACUCACCUGCCAAGA